AUGGAAAAAUUCGGUUUUGGAAGAUCACAUCCGGGCAUCUCAUCCCGUCGGCCCGCACCGGCCCCACAGUCGCCGGUGCACGCCACUUUGAGAGCGUCGGUUGAGAAUGCGCCAGCUCAGUCGUUCGUGAUUGAUAAUGUUCUAGCGGUUCCUGCUGCUCCUUUUAAAGAUGGACAGUACGUGAUUGUAGAUGACACGUAUGUUUUUACGGCUCGGGUAGCACCGAAUUUGCCUCCUAAUGUCAUUGGUGCCGGAGGUGCUCAGAGAGAAUGGGCCAAUUGGUCGCUUCGUCAGGACGUGACUGUCAAGGGAUUUGAUAUUUUUGCUUCUGGAAAUGGCCGUGUCUAUCUUGGAGAAUUGAGUUUAGAAAUCGAUUUCUAUUCUCGUGCUAGAGCAGUUCCUACACAGUUCGAUCAGGACCAGCUGGCCAAGCGGUUCCUAUCUCUGUACAAGAACCAAAUUUUUGCUCCUGGUCAAAAAUUGGCCAUGGAAUUCAGUCAAAGCAAUUUCAAAAUUAAGGUUCUGUCGACCCAGGUGGUUGAUUUAGGAACUCGUGGUGCUAUCAAUGCUACCGACUCUGAUCAUUCGUCCAUUUUGAAGGCCGAUGAAAGGGGUAUUCUUGUCGACCACACCGAAAUCACAUUCUCUAAACCUCAGGGUGGUUUGAUUAAUAUUAAAGCAUCCGGCAGCAGACCUCGUGUCAAUGCGAUUCUUCAGCCUAACUUUAAAUUUUCCGAUACCGGUAUCGGUGGUUUGGACGAACAGUUCAGUACUAUUUUCAGACGUGCUUUUGCUAGUAGAAUCUUCCCUCCUGCUGAUAUUGAAAAGUUGAAUAUCCAGCACGUAAAGGGUCUAUUAUUAUACGGACCUCCUGGUACAGGUAAAACAUUGAUUGCCCGUCAAAUAGGAAAGAUGUUGAACUCUGUUGAGCCCAAGAUUGUAAAUGGUCCCGAAAUGCUCAGCAAGUACGUAGGUAGCAGUGAAGAGAAUAUUCGUAACCUGUUUAAGGACGCUGAGGCCGAGUAUAAAGAGAAAGGAGACGAAUCGCAAUUGCACAUUAUUAUUUUCGACGAGUUGGAUGCUGUGUUCAAGCAAAGAGGUUCUCGUGGUGAUGGUACUGGUGUUGGUGACAAUGUUGUCAAUCAGUUGUUAGCUAAAAUGGAUGGUGUUGAACAGCUUAAUAACAUUUUGGUUAUUGGUAUGACCAACAGACGAGAUCUUAUUGACUCGGCAUUGCUUCGUCCUGGUCGUUUCGAAGUUCAAUUGGAAAUCCCCUUGCCUGAUGAGCACGGUCGUAAACAAAUCUUCACGAUUCACACUGCUAAAAUGGCUAAGGAAAAAAUGCUGGGUCCCGAUGUUUCGUUGGAGGAACUUGCAUCCAAGACCAAAAACUUCACUGGUGCAGAAAUCCAGGGUCUUAUUAGAAGUGCUGUAAGUUUUGCGUUGGAUUCGCAUGUUAAAACCGAUUCGGAUAAAAUCAAGGUCGACAAUACAGAUAUCAAGGUGACUCGGGUUCAUUUCAUGAGGGCUCUUGAUGAAAUCACUCCUGCAUUAGGUGUAAGUGAAGAUGGACUGUCUGCAAAUGUUCUCGGUGGUAUCAUCAAGUUUUCACCAUACAUUGAAACAAUUCUGUCUAAAGGUAGCAGGCUUCUUGAGCAAGUCAGAGAAGCUGGUAAUAAAUCGCCAGUUACAUCUGUUCUCGUCCAUGGCCCUCCUGGAUCGGGUAAGACGGCACUUGCUUCACACAUGGCGCUUCAAUCUGGAUUCAAGACCAUCCGUUUGAUUAGUCCUAGUGCCAUGGGCGGCAUGACGGAAGCGGAGAAGAUCAGGUAUCUUAAGGAAAUGUUCCAAGAGAGUUACAAAUCGGAAGUCAAUGUUCUUGUUAUCGAUAACAUUGAGGCGAUGUUGGACUGGGUGAACAUUGGACCCCGAUUUUCCAACGGUGUGUUGCAGACUUUGAAAGUGUGUUUGACGGACCGACCACCCAACAGCAGACGACUCAUCGUGUUCUUGACGACGUCGAACUAUGCAGUGCUGGAAAGAAUGGACUUCCCCAACGUGAUCGAUGAUCAGAUCUACGUGCCGAACAUUUCAUCGCUCGAGGACCUUAGACACAUUUUCGAGCAGACCAACUUCUUAGAUUCACCAUCGCACGAGCAAAUCAUUAAGCGCAUCCAGACCGAGACCAACAGCUCGGUGCUUGGCCUGGGAAUCAAGAAGGUUCUUUUCAACCUGUGGGGCGCCAAAGUCACCGGUAAGGGUCAAGAAAUCGACGACUUUGUGGAGCGAACCGUCGAUGCCAUCAACAGCCGACCCGGAGUGUCUGUCCCGCAAUUUUAA